AUGGGUCGUCUCCAAGGAAAGAACGCCGUCAUCACCGGUGCCGCUGGUGGCAUCGGUCUCGAAACCACCAUCCUCUUCGCCCGCGAAGGCGCCAACGUCCUCAUGGCCGACAUCUCGGAGCCCGCCCUCGCAAAGGCCAUCGCUAAAGUGAAGGAGGUCGUCCCCAACGCUCCCCGUCUCGAAACUAUCCGCUGCGAUGUGUCCAAGGAGGCCGACGUGCAGGCCAUGGUCGAGUCGCAGGAUAGCUGGGGCGGCACCGACGUGAUCUUCAACAACGCGGGCAUCAUGCAUGCCGAUGACGCCGACGCAGUCGACACACCCGAGAAGAUCUGGGACCUCACGCAGAACAUCAACGUCAAGGGGGUCUGGUUCGGUUGCAAGCAUGCCGUGCUGAGCUUGCGCCGCAACAACAAGAAGAACGGCAGCAUCAUCAACACUGCUAGCUUUGUCGCUCUGAUGGGAGCUGCUACUCCGCAGCUUGCAUACACCGCUAGCAAGGGAGCCGUUCUCGCUCUGACCCGUGAGUUGGCUGUUGUGCACGCCCGCGAGGGCUUCCGCUUCAACGCCCUCUGCCCCGGUCCUCUCAACACUCCCUUGCUGCAGGACUGGCUGGGCGACAACCACGCCAAACGUUUCCGCCGCGAGGUGCAUUUCCCCAGCGGCCGGUUCGGCGAGGCCAUUGAACAGGCUCAGGCCGUUCUUUUCCUGGCCAGCGAUGAGAGCAGCUUCGUCAACGGCACCGACUUUGUUGUUGACGGAGGAUUGAGCAAGGCCUACGUGACCGCGGAGGGCCCCGCCCCGGCCGCGCCUCAGAACCUCGGCCACUAA